AUGCACGACCCCAAAUUGCUUCUUCAAGAAUUAAUUUCAGCUCGGAAAGCAGCUGCCCAGUUCUCCCGAGGAUCUCGUUUAGCAAUUCAACUUGAUAAAUUAAGAACACCUGCGAAGGCUUUUGUAGAAGUCUUUAAUAAUAAUGAAUUUCCAUUUCAGCGGAUACAAUUAAAUGUAUCACGACAUAGGAAAACCUAA